AUGGCAGCUACCAUGCAGGUGCACGGGCCGACAUGGCAGGACUCGCUGGGCAAACUCCGGGAUGCCCUUGUUGGCCCUCGGCCGAUGCGGUCGGUGAAUUCGCUGAUGAAUUCAUGUGGCAAAGCGCAGCACUGGGCACUGGCGCUGGCCUUCCUGGGCGAGCUUCCAGGCCUUCGGUUGCAUGCCGACGUCUUCACCUUUGGUGCCGCCAUAUCUGCAUGCAAGAGAGUACAGCAGUGGGGACAUGCUGUCCAUUUGCUGGCGGAUCUGGAGGCCCAAAGACUGCAAUCGGAUGCCAUCAUCUUCAGCAGUGCCAUCACGGCCUGCGAGAAGGCCUCGGAGUGGACUGCUGCGCUGUCGCUUUUUGCAGAUCUCCGGAGCAAGAAGAUUCAAGGAGAUGCAGUCGUAUACAACGCUGCCAUCAGUGCCUGUGAGAAGGGGAUGCAGUGGCCACAGGCACUUCAGGUUUUCACCUCUUUGCAGCAAGGCCGUCUGCAGCCAACGCUCAUAAGCUUCUCCUCUGUGAUCAGUGCGUGUGAGAAAGGUGACCAGUGGCACCACGCUCUGCAUUUCUUCUCUGAGCUUGAGGUAGCUCGCAUGCGACGAGAUGUCAUCGCCUACUCCUCCAUCAUUGCAGCCUGUGAGAAGGGUGCACAGUGGUCCUUGGCCUUGCACUUGCUGUCGAGGAUGCACUGGGAGCGCAUCAACUCCAACAUCAUUACUUUCAACUCGACCAUGAGCGCGCUGGGGACCAGGGGGGAGUGGCAACGUGCUCUAGCGCUCUUUGCCGAGCUCUCUGACCAUGGGCUGCAGGCAGAUGCAGUGACGUACAAUGCUGCAAUGCGGGCCUGCGAAGAAGGCGAUCAGUGGGUCAGUGCACUGACCUUGCUUGCGGAACUGGAAGAACACAGGCUUCGCGGCACGGUGGUGACUUACAACACUGCCAUAAGUCUGUGCAAGAAUACUGAUCAAUGGCCACUGGCCCUCCACCUUCUGGGAAGAAUGGCCUUCAAGCAGGUUCAGGCAGAUGUCAUCACCUACAGCGCAGCCAUCAACGCCUGUGAGAAGGCGAGCGAUUGGCAGAGGGCGAUGUCGUUGCUGGAUGAUCUUCAUCGCGGCAGCAUCGAGGGCAACGUGAUCACAUACACGUCGGCCAUGAGCGCGUGCGAGAAGGGGGGCGAGUGGACCUUGGCGCUGCGCUUGCUGAGCGACUUUGCCGCUUCGGGUCUGGAAGCAAAUGUGGUUACUUACAACGUGGCCCUUUUCGCCUUUGCCGGGGGUGAGCAGUGGCAGCAAGCCCUUCACUUCUUUUCGCAGUUGGCGGCCGCCUCUGUGCAAAGUACCGUGAUCACCUUCAACGCGGCCAUGGCCGUCUGUUCGAGUCAAGGGCAGUGGGAGCAGACCUUAAGCUUGCUGUCUUCGCUGUCGCUAGCAAGCAUGCAGGGUGGGAAAAUCAGCACGAGCUUUGCCGCUGUGGCUGGUUGUGCAGUGUGCUUGAUCAUGGAAGUGUUCCUGGCUGCUUCGGUGGCUAGGUUGGCUGGCUGGCUGGCUGCUGGUUGGUUGGUUGAGUUGGUUGUGGUCAUUUCGUGCUUGCACCUGGCGCUUUACCAACUUGCCUUCCAUAUGUACGGAACAUUCAAGGAGCGGGAAAGGACCUCGCAAGAAGUCGACCGACACCGCCGGCGGGAAGCUGGUGAUGAGGAUGAGUUCCCGUGGUUCAUGGUGAUCCUUUUCCUACUGACCCUGGGCGCCUAUGGAUUCGUGAUGUAUGGCUGCUGGGACACAUCUCGGCGCAUUGAGGUGUUGGCCGCCAGGUCGGAGAACGUGCUCACCCUCACUGCGUCCGUCAGCGACGCCAUGGGAGGAGUGGUUGUCAACACGGCCCACCAAGGGGAGGAGGCCAUCUACGGAGGUUUGGACCAGCUCCUCAACGAAUCCGAGAACGCACUGCUCGAGGCCCGAAUCCUGCAACGGACGGUGGCGGACGCUUCCGGCACACUCAACGCCACUGUCCAGGAGGAGUACUCCAAGCUGGUGAUGCUUCUCUACGCCGAGUCGGAGCGCAUCUCCCUGGCCCUGACAGGCAUGCAGUAUGCGGCUCAGUCCGCAGCGGCCAAAGCCUUCCUGGACUCCGUGGACGCAUUGGUCUCCACGCUGCAGCCUCUGACGGCUGCCUUGCCGAAAUUUGACAAGCAGGCCAUGGAAAGCCUCGUGAACGGCACCAAAGAGCUCCAGGGGCACUUUGCUGAGAUGGAGCUUGCCGUGCAAUCCAUCCAGGGCUUCAUCGAGGUCCUUGGAGGGGAGUACGAGACUUUCAGGCUCGCCGUUGGUAGCCUGGCCAACAACAGCAUGGCACCGGGAUUCCGGAGCAAAAUCCCGGCUCCGCCAAACCUCACUGACAUGGUCAACCUCUCACAGUUCGUCGAAUCCGCGCACUUUCGCAGCCUGGUGGCCCUGAACGUCGUGCGCGACUGGGCAUCGCUCGGGGCGGAGGAACAGAAAGCAGUCGUUGAGGCGGCUGGCUCGGUGGUGUCAUCGGCACAGACAGUGAUUCAGGAAGUGCGACGUUCCAAGGACGGUGUGGUCAAGGAUGCCACCGCUAUCGUCAAAGUGGCCACGUCCAAGGUGAAGGAAGAGUUCGCACUGAUAGCCACAAGCGCUGUGGUCGCCGGCAUUGACACGAAGGACAACCUGAACUACGCAGCCUACUUGUAUUUGUGUGCUGCAGGCGGCUGUGUGGGAUGCGCUGUCUUCAUGGCCUUCGUGGCCUUGGCCUAUGCAUGCUAUCUGGAGUACAUCUACGAAAACCGGGGUAUUGCCAAAGCCUACGAGAUCACUGCGAAGGAUCGGCAAGGCUGCUGCUGGUCCUGCAUCGACACCGUGGGUCAGUUUGUGCACGUCCUCGGCUUCUACUUGCUGGUGUUGCUCCAAGAUGGCGUCUCCAUACUUCUUGUCCUCGUCGCCCUCUUCCUCUGCCUGGUCGGGGAUGUCGAGCUGGGCCUCCAGUUCGGCUGCGACUUCGCCCCGCUGCUGUCGGACAACCAGGCUUGCACUGCCACCAUGGCGAAUUUCAGCGCCGCGGUGCAACGGGACCUGCUCGAUGGGAAGGACUGCUCUGCAGCCGGGACAUUGAUCUGCGAGGGUGUCUCAGGGAAUCCCAGCGUGGUUCGGGCCACGAUGGUGGCUGCCGCGGUGGGCGCAGUCGCAUCCUGCUGCAUCCCCCGCCGCCUCAUCGCUCUUUCCCUCAGUGCUCAGCAGAGUAUCGAGACCGCCGAGGCCAUCGUGGCCUGGAAGCAUGGGCUGGCCGAAGCUUCUUCGGAGGCGGAGAAAGUUUGA